CGUGCCUGUCGUAUGUAGGAAGCGUUAUGAAGAUAGCCAUCCAUAUCGAAAGGCAGACAUUGCUUCUUAUAUUAUAAGAUUAACUGAAAAAAAUACAGAAUCACAGCCUGUUUUAUUUAGUCAUAUUGCCACCCUUUCAAGCGGAGAAUCCUGUCGGUUUAAAUUCGAAGUUUUGUCAGCGGGGACCGACAUGUCAGAAACAUACGACUUUCUCUUCAAGUUCCUGGUGAUCGGCAGCGCGGGGACAGGGAAGUCCUGCCUCCUGCACCAGUUCAUUGAGAGCAAGUUCAAACAGGACUCGAACCACACGAUCGGAGUGGAGUUUGGCUCACGGGUUGUCAACGUCGGCGGCAAGACAGUGAAGCUUCAGAUCUGGGACACGGCCGGCCAAGAGCGCUUUAGGUCAGUGACUCGCAGCUACUAUCGAGGGGCAGCCGGAGCUCUCCUGGUCUAUGACAUCACAAGCCGAGAGACAUACAACGCUCUGACCAAUUGGCUGACGGACGCCAGGACGCUGGCCAGCCCUAACAUCGUCAUCAUCCUGUGUGGGAACAAGAAGGACCUGGAUGCCGACCGGGAGGUGACCUUCUUGGAGGCCUCACGCUUUGCCCAGGAGAAUGAGCUGAUGUUCCUGGAGACCAGCGCGCUGACGGGCGAGAACGUGGAGGAGGCCUUCCUCAAGUGUGCCCGCACCAUCCUCAACAAGAUCGAGUCAGGUGAGCUCGACCCAGAACGGAUGGGUUCGGGGAUCCAGUACGGUGACGCCUCACUAAGGCAACUCCGCCAGCCCAGAGGCACCACGGCACCGACCAAGCAGCAGUGUAACUGCUAGGGCCUGGCCCCCUACUCCCAGAUGCUCAGGGCGCCCCCUCCAGCUCCUGGUUGUGGCUCGGUGUGCAGGACUCCCCACCAUGCUCUUUGACACCCCUCCUCCCCCCCCCAACACACACCCCCGCCCCAUCGAAGAUCCUGCACCUGACCCCAGACUUUUGGAAGCACAUGAUCCUCCCCUGACCCCCUCCACCCCACCUGACACCCACCCUUACAGAUCCCAUGGGGGCCGGGCAGGUGGUGAUUUCUGGUUCGACACCAUACCUCUCAUGGGCCCCGGGCCCCGGGCCCCUCACGUGAUGGGUGUUUCGACUCCUUCCAGGACCAUACGCAGCGAUUUCUGAUUUUCACACGCAAUUGGUGGCGGCCGGUUUGAGGAGGGUAAGGAUUCCUGUGGGGGGGGGGGGGGGGGGUGGUCUACCGAUCAUUCAUGUUCCUUGUUCCAAGGCCACUCUUACCAUCUCUAAACGAGUUGUCGACUAGCGUGUGUUUAAAAUAUAUAUUUAUGUAUAUGCCAGUCACUCCAAACCGGCUCUCAUUUUUAUUUCAGACCUUUUUAAGAUGGGGGGGGGGGUGCAAUAGCAUUUGGGGCUUCUAGUCCUAAAAUCUUCUGUGAUGUUUUCUCACCAUACGGCUCCACUUGUAGUGGCUGUCACCCUUUGCAGAGCUGUGGUACAAAAGACAGGUUAAUCUUAGGAGAUACACACCGACGCUGGUGGGUUAGGGUUAGGAGAUACACACCGACGCUGGUGGGUGGUCUCGUGUCAGUUCUGUGUCCCUGGGCACUCGCAGGACGCUGGUUGAUGGCAGAUGUCGCAGAAUGUUUCAUGAGCAGAAAUGGAAUUUUUAAAUUGUUUUUUCCCCCUCAAGUUGGUCAGUUGGGUAACUGCUGUAUUUUCUUUACUAUAUUUUUUUUUGCAAAGAAAUAACAUUUUCCAGUUCUGUGGCCUUUGAUUUUCACCCAGAUUGAUCAAUAUUGUAUAGAUAUUACCGUACCGUAGGGCAGUCUACUAAAAGCACAAGGUAUGGCGAAUUUAUUCAGUUUUUAAAAAAGGGAGAGUGUGACUGCUUGUACAUAGUUAUUUGGCGCGUAUGUAAUGUUGUCAUUGUGUUACUGUGCUGCAGUCUACCAAAAAGGAGCCUGUUGAUUGGUCGUGAUUUAUUCCCGUCACUGAUUGGGCUGCAGGGGCUGAUUCACAUCAGCUGGGCUUGGUAAUAUCUCUCCCCCCCCUCCCCAGUCAUUGGCCCUCCUCCUUGUGGCUUUACUCCUACAGUAUUUGUUUACUUGAAUGGCUCCACUCAAGUUUAGUUUGUCAUUAAUUGGCGAUUUUGCUCUUUUUUUUCUAUACACACCUUAACGUGACAAAAGGAAAUUUACUGGCUGCAUCCACCCCUCACCACCCCCACACCAUAGUAAUUUUCGUUGUCCUGCUGUUAUUUGAGGGGUGUACUACUGCGAGUUUUACAUUCACGGCUGCAUUGUUUGUAGGAAAACAAGUCUUUCUCCUGUCUAAUUAUGGUCUUUGGUUUAAAGGCGUUUUAAAUUUUUUUGCCUGGAAUAUAACAUAUAUUAGGGGUAUAUGCAAAAAAAAAAGGUUAAUUAUAUAUAUAUAUAUAUAUAUAUAUAUAUAUAUAUAUAAAGUGUAAAAUACGUCUGACUGAAUGAACGUGCUUACGCUUUUAAAUAAUUCCUGUGAACUGGUGAAACUGAGAAUUCCUUGGUAUUAAGGUGGUAAGAUUCAGCCAUGUUUCACUUAAGAUAACACUCCCAGUUCUUGCAUUCUCCACCCCAUUUCAAGGUGAAAUGGUUAUACUGGAGGUCUAAGUGUUUGUGAAGAUUUGGUGAACCAGUUAACUGGGAAAUAAAAUUACUGUGCAACUGUGUCUUAAUACUGUGACUGUGUAGCAUUAUUUAUAAAGAAUAUUUCUUUUUCCCCCAGCUCUUUUUGUGCAGUAGUAUUAUUGUUUUAAGAAUUUGUAAAGCAGCUAAUAAUAUCCCAAAUUGGAUUUGAAAAAGAGUAAACGUAUAAUUAUAAGAGCCAGUGGACUUGGAACAUUCCAGAAGAGUUUUGUUCUGUGUUACUGCAGACACAUUGAAAACACCUUCUAACCAGCACUUUGCUGAAUCUUAUUGCUCUGCUCCAGAGGACAUUUUUGCAAUUUGCCAUUACUCUGUGUGCACAGUGUGGUUGGUUGUGGAAUAACUGGAUUAGACUGUGUGGAUUGUAAACCUGACACACAGUAGCAGAAAGCGUAUGCAUAUCCGUCCACUGAAGUGCGUGUGGUAUUGGGUUCAAAUAGGACCCCACCCCCCAAUUCCCUGGUCUGUUGUUUGACAGAAGUUACCCACUUUACCCUGCAGAUAAAUGCUCUAUUGUUACUUAGUAACCAGUGUAAUCUUAUCACUGCUAUAUAUCAGAAUCAUCUAUAAUGUAUAUAAAGUGUUUUUGUGGGUUGCUUGUGAAUUUUAAAGAUUGCAGGUUAUAACUAAAAUGCUUUUAUGUUUGUCUUAUUACCACUUUUGGGUAAUGAUUAUUUAUAUUUAUGUUGGUACAGUUUCAUCUGUGUGUUUGCUGGUAUACGGAAGUAAUUUCCAUUCGGGGUUGUUCGUGUGAGCUGUACGUUUUUGCGUUUGCUCCUUCACCGUUCGCCGUGAUCUUCAGUUCUGACGGCGUGAAGAUGUGCGUGCUUCGUCCGCUCUCAAUGUCCCGUCUGUCCGUGUGAGCAUGCCCUUCCCUUCGCCUCGUUGAGGAGAUCCGCAGGGUUGUGAAUGCCCUUUGGUUAAGGAUUUUGUCGUAGCAUCGCGCAGUGGGAGACCCAGCGCCAGCCCAUUCCCAUACCGAUUCGUCCAAUCAGGAAAGACGCCGGAUCUCCCGGACGCGCCGUUGGGGAUGGCCUUUACGCUAGGAGCCUUGUGGAACUGGCGCAGAAAAGGGGAAGAGCGAUCAUGAAGGAAGGCUGAUCGUUUUAUGUGGGUAUUUGCGGUAAUCCGCCUUUAUGGAUGUUUGUCCAUUGCCACGGAUUGGGAGAAUAAGCGGUGGAUCAGGAUAGAUAAGUGGAUUCACUCAUCUCUCACAGUCCCAAAAUUUCACUGUGAGCAAAUCUAUCAUGACCACUAGAUGGCAGAUUUAUACAACAGAACAAUAGGUGCAAUACAUAUUUUCUUUGUUACUGAUGUCUAUUAACGGUGUAUGUUGCUCAUGACAGAAAAUGGUUAGUUAUAAUUAGUAUGUGCCAUUGAUAAUGUCUGACCACGGGACGGGUAUUUAGAAACAGCAGACUUGAUUAAAAAACAAACCAAUACCCUGAACCAGGCACUACUCUACCCAGCUGAGUGGUUUUGAGAACAAACUGACAUCCCACACACUGGCGAUUAAACCUGCUGUCUUGUGUAACCUCUGUCAUCAUCUGCCAGGCACUUCAUUAAUAACAUUUUGGAAAAUGAAAUUUCCACUUUCCUUGGCAAUCCACUGUAACAAGACCGAGAAUAAAUCAAAUUCAUGAUUACAAAA